AUGCCCAGCACAGUGCGACCGCGUUCCCCUGGUCCGGAGACCGAGAGGAAGGCUAAGAAGGCCAAGGCCGAUGUUUCGCCCGACAUCACCCUCCCAGAGGGCACUACUCGCCACGCCCUCCACGAGACGUAUGAGCAGUCGACGCCAUACAAGCACAUUGUUGUCCCAGGUCUCCUGACGGACGAGCUACUCGAAUCCGUUGUUGAGGAGACCAAGACGUACGGUGUGCGCGGUGAGGAGGGCAGCCUCGCCGGCUGGGGCUGGGAGCAGAAGGAAACGGACAUCUACAAGAUCCAGCAGACGCCGGACCUCGCGUCGCUCGACGAGCAGCACCUGCCGGAGGAGACGCUCGAGGCACUCCCCUGCAUCACGCGGUUGAAGGAGGCGCUGUAUUCGCACGAGUUCCGUAACUUUGUGCGCGACGUCACCGGCUGCGGCCCGCUGUCGGGCAAGAAGACGGACUGCUCUGUGGGCCUGUACACGAAGGGCUCGCAUCUGCUGCUGCAUGACGACUCAAUCUCAACCCGUGUCAUCUCGUACAUCCUGUACCUGCCCAACUCGCCGCUCGACGCACCCGCAUCCGAUUUCACGAGACCAGCAGACAACGGCAAGUUCCUCAAGGGGUGGGACCCGAAGUGGGGUGGUUCGCUCGAGCUGUUUCCCGUUGAGAACGGCGACGAGCGCGGCCUUCCGGGUACAAAGGCGGUUGCGUCGCUGCCAGUCAAGUGGGGCCAGAUCAUCUUCUUCCAGGUCCAGCCGGGACGCAGCUACCACUCGGUAGAGGAGGUGAUUGUUGGCGAUGGGCGGCGGCGUCUCGGCGUCAGUGGUUGGUUCCACCGGCCCAUCGAGGGCGAAGAGGGCUUUGGCGCGUAUGCGAACGAAAAGGCUCAACGUGCGGCGCUCAGCUCCCUUGCACAGAUUACUGCCGCGCCCACCAUCCCUAUGGUUCCGUACACUGCCGAUCCGCCGGCAGGCCUUACGCCAAGCCACCUCUCGUUCCUAAAGGACUUCCUCGCACCGUCAUAUCUCACCCCGCAGACCCUCGAGAAGCUUUCCGGCCAGUUCGUCGAGGCCUCGGAAAUUGUGCUGCACAACUUCCUCCGCCCCGACCUGGCAGACAAGAUCAAGGCCGAGACGAAGGCUGCCGACGCGGCAGCCUUUGGCGACUCGAAGCUCAUUCCCGGACAGGACGUGGGCGAGGGUGACGGAUGGGUGCUGCAGGGCCCAGCUUCCAAGCACAGGUUUGCGAGCCUUGUUGGUGAUUCAAAGUCGACACCCGCCUUGCGUUCUGUGUUGGCCAAGCUCCUCCCAUCUGAGGCUUGGCGCGCGUGGCUUGGCGUUGUCUCCUCCCUCGCCCCGAUGGAAUAUCGUGCUGAGGCGCGCCGUUUCCGCCGUGGACUCGACUACACCCUCGCGAAUGGGGAGGAGCGGACUGGCGAGGCGCGGCUCGACGCGUUCCUCGGCCUCUCGUGGUGGGCCGACGUGCCGGCAGGCAGUGAUGAGGAGGACGCACUGAUCGAGCACGGCGGGUGGGAAUGUUACCUUGCCGCUCCCGAUGCGUCCGAGGACCCCGAGACGUACCAGAGCGCGCUGGCUAAGCGUGCGGCGGAGGCUGAACGCACCGAGGCAGAGCAGGAGGCCGCGGAGGCUGAGGAGAAGGAGGCUGAGGCUGAGAACGGGGAGAAGAACGGCGAGGACGACAAGGCGGACGGACCCAAGAUCACGAUGGGUGGCGUCGACCUCGAGUUUGAUCCCGACCAGUUCUCGGACGGCGACUUUGACACGGACUCGGAGGGCGGCGACGACGGACCGCUGCUCACCCAGCCCGUGUCGUUCAACCGCCUGCUGCUUGUGCUGCGUGACCCCGGCGUUAUGCGGUUCGUCAAGUACCUCAGCGCUGCGGCACCGGGUUCGCGCUGGGACGUGGGUGGCGAGUGGGAGGUCGGCAUGCUCGAGGAGGAGGAUGAGGAGGAGGGGAAGGAGGCGACGGAGUAG